CAUAUUCGUCGCUCAGCCAGAUUCACCAACAAAGUCGGACGCAGCCCCUGCCUGAUUUCAGGAGGUUGGCGGUGCAGGUGGCUCUGAAGAGAGAUUCGUUUUCGCCAACAGAAUCGACUGAGCAAAAUUGCAAAAUUGCUACAAACUUGGCGGCUGAAACAAAAAGAAAAGGUGUUUGAGAUAAAUUAUUACAUAUACGCAGAGUCAAUUUUGCGCAAUUUUGUAUGACGACUAUGACGGCGGGCGAAUCGGCACCGAAUCGGCCGAAUUUAGCAAUAUUGUUAUUAUCGUUCCGCAAACUUGUUCCUCUUUGCAGAUUUUGCAGGUCCAGAGUCCAGAGGCUGCAGAAGUGCAGAUGCAGAGAGGACAUCAGGGCAACUCAGGGCUUGCUCAGGGCACUCAGGGCAGCACCGGCGACAAGUGUUGUGCAAAGGAGUUGCGGCGAUCCGACCAACGUUGACCAAAAUCAAUGUUAUUACCCCAUUUCACCAGAGAAAAGGUGAUUCAGUUGAUUUAUUCAGCUAAUAUUGUAGCUUUUGCCACUUGAUUAUCUUGAUUCGCUGAGGAACGCGAAUCUACGGACUGAAAAACACAACACUCCCGUGUGUUCGCCGUGUUUUGUUUGGGGGGGGCGUGGCCACUGUGGCCAGAAGGUUUUUUUUUGUUUUUGUUGGUUUUUUUCUUGCGAACAAACCAGCGUGCAUCGCGCUUGCCGUUCUUGUCAAUCGGAGACUGAUAGGAGCGAUUGUGAUUUAAUUUUGGACAUUAUUUAUUAUUUAAUUUCGUUCGUAUAGUCCAAAAUAUAGAAGAUGGAACACAAAGACUAUAAAGACAUGAGCCCAGCCGAACGCCGCAAUUUCGUCAAAGUGGUUGAAAGCAGGAGAAGAAAUUACGGCUCACAAGCUACUUCCAAAAUUGAAAGACUGAAGACGCUGUCGAUGAAAACAAUUGUCCAGAACUACAUGCAUUUCAUCGCACAGAAACCCAGUUCACUGAGACAUUUGCCCAAUUCUCUCAUCCAAGAGUUCCUGGAGUUGAUGGGAGGCAAAAACAAGAAAUUAUUACCGAUGUUUCCAAUUUUUCAAAGGUUGUUGCUCAAGAAACUGCUCAACUCGAACACGACCGAAUUUGAUGGAUGCAAAUUUUCUCCGGACGGAACGAAUCUUUUUACUUGGGAAGAUAUUUUUGGCCACCUAUUGAAAAAGUGUCCAAAAAUGUCCAAAUUUGUCCAAAUUUACGACUUUUAUUGGGGCGUUGAUGCGGCUUUUCCCAUGGAUGAUUUUCUCCGGUGGACUAAGUUGGAGCACGCCAGCAUCAAUCGCUACGUCUGCACUGACGAGCACUUAGAUCUCAUUCAACAGCACUUGCCUCAACUCAAGUACCUCCACAUUGGCAUGGCGGAGAACACCGAAAAAGCAGCCGUCGCCUUUUCAAAGAUGCAGAAUCUCAAACACCUCAGCAUCACUCCAGGCUUGAGAAAUGCGGAGAUUGAUUAUCAACUUCUAACACACUGCGCCGGUCGAACACCAAAUCUGCAAAAGUUUAGCCUUUACGACGAACCAUUUGAAUGUGCCCCGUUUGAUUUAGUCUCGAUGUUCUGGAAAAUGUAUUGGUACAAAAAAAUCACCAUCACAGACGUGUAUAUUGUACUUCCAAUUGAUGGCAACUGGCCGCCCAAUGUGUCUGUCGAGUGCCUUGUAAUUUACUUUGACCAGAGCUCCAAGGAGGAGCAUUUCAAGAGACUGUCUACUGUGCCUUGCUCACCUGCACAACUUAGUAUUGCUGCCGACCCCAGCGAUAUCUACAAACUAGUCAAUAUGUUGGGCCAGAAAACCAAAACCAUCAGCAUCAGAUCAGAUGACAUCGAGCAGAAGUUGCCACUUGACCUUUUGGUCGUCCUCGAGCACUGCCCAAAUUUAGAGCAUUUGGACUACGGCCCUGACGGGUUCUGCUCACCGGAAAUCAUCAGGAAUUCGCCAGAAAAGUUCAGGAACUUGAAAUCUUUUGAGUCCAUUUAUAUUGUUAACAAAGAUCUUGAAGAAGACUCGAAAGCAAAUGGAUUUUACAAACAGUUCCUGCUUGGCUCUGAAUGCCAUGACUGUAAAUACCUGCAGGUUGUGAGCCAUAGUCACGUUCUGGCCAUUUUGGAGGCUGCAGCUGAACGGCCCAAUUGUCUGAAGCUUGUAGAAAAAGUCAGUGUGCUUUUGUACAAAGAUCCAAUGUUGGAGUCUGUCCUCAAGAUGGUCCAGCGCCUCAUCUUCUGCUCACCAAAUCUAGUAAAAGUUUUUCUCUGCCUUAAGAACAAAACAACCACGUCCACCCUCAGCGCCAUUGAAAAAGACCACAGUUGGUUCAAACAACUCGUCACCAAAGUUGGUGUCGCUUGCUUUUUUGUGCCAAACUCCCAUCAUCUCCUGGAAUCAAGUUUUUAUGAGAGGCACUACAGCUCUGAAUUCAUGGAAAAAAGUGAUGUUAGCAGCUCAGACGAAGAGAGUGAUGAUGAUGUCGUCGUGUAGUGAAUUCAAUGAAAGAACUCGGCGAAUUAUUAUUUUGUCUGCUUGGUAAGAGAUCCAUGUUAAACUAAAGAUCUCAAUUUCCCUUCGUAAUCAUUGUGAUUGAAUUUUAAAUUGUAUUUUAUAGAAAUGAAUUAACACGACGAAUUUAACAUUUUGAAGCUUUUAUGAGAAAACCAAGGUGCCAAAACUAUUUCUUAUUUGCAGAUUGUUUGCAUUUAGAUUAAAUCAAAUAGUCAGAAAGCCUGCUGUGAUUCAAAAUGAAAAUUUCUUGUAUUCCUAUUAAAAUUUGAAAAAUUACAGCCUCUUGCAAAAAUGCUUAUAAUAAGUCAAGUCUCGCUUUGUCCGUCCCAACAUGAGCACCAUGACUGCCUUGAUCUUAAACUAGUUGUUAUGUAAACAAAAUCAAAGUAUAAUAAUAAAUAUUUCAAAUAUUAAUACUGUUUUCACUUGCCGGAAAUCAGAUUCAAUUUUUCUUUAAGUGUGUCUCAGCUUUUUAUUUUCUUUAAAAAUUUAUCAUAAUAAUAUUUCACAACUUGCGAUCACUUUUUGUGAUUUGUUAGACAAUUGCUCCACUACAGUUUGAAAAUUUGCACAUUUUUGCUUGAUGCAACAAUGCAAUUUUGUUUCCAAUUGUUUUAGCCAAUUUUCUGCACGGCUAUCAACAAUAGAAAAACUAAU